UACUCGUACCGGUACCAGUGUGCUGGUUGAGGUAUUAGAACCGUCAUCAUCACCACAGUUGACUAUUACAACUUUUGAAGCACUGUCAAGAAAAUUCGGGAAAGCYAUCCAGAAACAUUUUUUCUGAAUUACAAAGCAGAAUGGCAUCAAUUUAUUCUUCGGGUCUUGUCAUCGCAGCGGGGACUUACGAUGGUGUUUUAGCUGGCUGGGAAUUUGGCGAGAAGAGCAAAGACRGCACGGCUACGACAGAAGGUAGUUCACUUACUCUCAGCUUUGCCACGGCUGUUCAUGAUGGAUCGAUUAGAAGUUUGUGCAUAGCGGGAAACGCAAACAAGAACCAACCAGGUGCACUGCUGUCCUGCGGCUACGACGAAAGUCUGAAAACACAUGACUGGAGCAAGCGGCAGACAUCAUCCGGAGAAGUUCGAACGCCAAAUGGAUUUGGGACGCCAAUGUGCAGCAUGUUUGCCCCUCCGACAGGUCAUUCAACGCACUGCAUCGUUGGAUUUUCCAGUGAGGGCAAAAUCUGUAUCUACAAAAAGCGUGACUGGUCAAUUCAGCACGUCUUGAACGGCCACGAAGGGGGGAUAGGUAGCUUGGCAGUCCAUCCCACGGGGAAGUUGGCUGUGAGCGGUGGUGUAACUGAUGGCAAAUUGAAAUUAUGGGACUUGACGAAGGGUCGGCUUGCAAUGGUAAAUAAAAUCAAUCCCAGGUCCACAUUGGGAGGUCGUGCUCGAUAUGAUCCAAUCACGAGUGUAAUUUGGUCGAAAGAGGGUGAUUUUUAUGCCCUUUCACAUGGUUCUCACAUUACUGUUCGGGAAGUGGCUACUGGAAAAGCAUUGUURGACGUGGAAAUGCCAAGUAAAGUGAAUCAAGUUGCGCUCAUGUCUGGACCCGAAGGUCUUUUCGUAGUAGCAGCAUGCAACGAUGGGUCUUUGCCUGUUCUUGCGGUGGAAGAUAGUGACGACGAAAACCGUAAAGCAAUCAUGGCCAUCGAACCGGUAGACUCUCAUUUGGCACGAGARGAAAGAUUCAAAUGUAUACAGAGUGUCCGUGGCUACUUUAUUGUAACUUCAAAYAGUGCGGGUGUUGUAAGCCUGAUGAAUUUGCAAGGUGCUGUCAACAUGAUGAUGUCACCGCAACAAGAGGGCGAAAACUCCCGUUCAGACAGCGACGGAAGUGAAGACGAAGAAAGCGAUGACGAUAGUGAUAUGGAAUUGGCGGUGGACAUAGUCGAAAGUGUUCGGUUAGGGACUGGUGCCCGUAUUACAUGCCUAGCCGCUUGGUGCAAAACAGAAGAGAGUCAGAUUGAGGAGGUUGAACAAAAACACGUAUCAGAAGUGAAGAAAGAAAAGAAAAAGAAUGAAUCAAUCGAGAAGCCACUCAAGCGCAAAAUGGAAAGUAGRGUCGAUGACUCUAUGGAUAGCGAUGCAGUAAAGAAGGCCAGGUCACUUGUCAAAAAGGCGAAGAAAUUAAAAAGCAAGAAAGAAAAAAAGAAAGCUAAAAAAUAAAGCGCUCUUGUCUUUUUUCGACAAAUAAGUUAAACUUCGAAUGAUUUUUGCUUCAAAUGAUUUCAACAACCAUAACUUUCCUAUAUGCACCGUAAAAGUGGAGAUGAGCAAGACUUUUUGCUAUCGAUUUGCUCUUGCAUGGAUCUUUCUAAAGAAAGAAACUUCAAACUUUGCAGCGCKUACUAGAAAAAAUAAUGAAAUAAAAUCUGCACA